AUUGUUAAAUUUGCUGUUGAUUUUGAUUUAAUUGCCAAAUUCGCAGUAAGUUAGUUCAGUUAGGUUCUGUCCGAUAAAUGGUGCAUCAUGGAAUCCGCUUACGACAGUUAUAUUCGAUACAAAAAUGCUCGGAACGUGUUUGCUCUCAAGACCUAUGUAAUAUUGUUUGUCUGGCUAAUUUUGGCUCUGAUACAGUGGUCCAUCAUAUGCCUCGUCGAAGAAGCCAGGGAUGUAUUCCAGAAUCACUAUUAUAUCAGCUUUGUGACUUUCUCUCUAGCGGUUCUGCUUUUUGGUGUCUUCAUAUUUUUUGAGAGCCUGCGUUACAUCAACUUUUUAAACUUUCUUAUCAGCUUUAUAAUUGUUGAGCUGCAAAUUAUUUCAGUGUUCGCGGUUGUCGUUUACUGUCAUUGGACCGAAGUACUUUCGUUCUAUGGAAUGUGUUUUGUGCUCCUCUGGGUGUUUAUUUUGAUUGGUACAUUUCUUCCCAAAGAGAUUGACUUAACCUUGGAUGUGGCUGUACUUUUUAUUUUGGGUUUCAUUUUCCUGAUUAUCGCCGUCUACUUUGUCAUGAUUAGAUUCGUGUUAGUCUCCGAUGAGAUAUAUCCAUAUAUUAUUAUUGAGAUCGCCAUUAGUAUCAUUAUUCUAUUUUUUGUCAUGUAUCAUGCACAAACUAUCAUCGGCAGUCGAUUUGCAGAGAUGCGUCUAAAUGAUGCCCUUCUAGGAUCGUUAAUUCUAUUCCAUGACUUCCUCAUCCUAUAUUGGCUGACUUUCUACUGGCAAAUCUUGGAGAGACCCAUCACGCCAGAUUCUUGGCUAAUGACGUCGACGUCAACGGAGGAUACAAUGCAAACACGACACCCUAAUAUGAGACACGUGCGAUAUGAAGAUUACGAAGAAUAUGAAAAUAAAGAUCCUGAUCUCAUCGACUCAGAAGUAGAACAAGGAGGAGGACAUCCAUCCAAAAGUAGAACAAGCAAUGCACCUACAUAUCAAAGACGGGAUCAUGAUGAAGAAUAUGGAAGCACUGGUGGAUGGGAUUCUCGGGGCGCUGGUAGAGGCCGUCACAGAAACCCGGAAGGCUCGUCUGCUGGGCAUAGGGAGAAUGCAGCUGAAUACCCCAGAGAAAAACCAGAGAAAAAUGAAGCUGUUGACGCAGGAACUGACUUAAGUAGAGGGGAUUUUGGUAGAGGCUCUGGUAGACAUACCGAUAGCUUCAGUGAAAGUGCCGAUAAUAGAGUAAAUUCCAGGCUAAGGCCAGGAGUUUCUAGACCAGGUGACGAACGAGUUUUAUCAGGCAUAGACAAUAGUGAAGACUCAGAAAGAUAUGACAGUAGUAGAAGCGCAGCUAGAGAUGCUGAAGGUGGUGAAACCGUUUCAAGAAAUGCAGGUGGAGUACACAAUCCUGGUGAAGAUGUCAGAGACGAUGCAGCAUCAGGAGGAAUCCUUUACGGAGGCAUUAGUGAUAACCGAGCUGACGAAGUCCCCGUACGCCAUGAAGGGAUGCAGAAUAUUCGUGUAGGAGGAGACGAAUCUGGCGGGAAAGUCCCGAAAGAAGUCCUGGAAGAAAUCCCUGAGGCUAGUCCAACCGUGUAAAAAGUCUAUGUGUUAUGGUGUUAUGAGAGAUGUGUCCUCUUUGGUCAACCAGAGUAUCUGUUCACAAGCACUGUGCGUGUACAUCAGAGCAUGUGAGCAGUUACUCUUGGUUGUUGGCUUAUAAUUGUCAAUAUAAUCAGUUAAUAGCA